CGCUCUGAGCCAUGGAUACUUUGAUGGCGCUCUGCUCCUUGCUGUUGCUGCUUCUCACACAAAACGCUGCAAUCCUUGGACAGCUGGACGGUGGGAGCAGCAGGGGGAGUGGCAGCUCACCGAAUGCCAGGAUAAACGCCGUAACACCACCGCUACGCCUGCAACCGUCGACGCCAUCAAUAACGCAUUUUGUAAAUGAGUCCUUCAUCAUCUUCUGCCAGACAGUACAAAAGGAUAUCGACACCAAGUGGCGUGAUCCCCGCGGCCAGACCCGGGAGAACACCAAGGGGCGCGUCCACAUUGAGAAGAAGACGGGUCUGCUGGCCCUCGUUUUUGAGCACAUUUCAUUGGACGACAUGGGCAACUGGACCUGUGAGGUGAACAGCAUUUCUAAUGGAAAUCGGAAUGUGAAUGUUGAACGUGAAUUUUUUACCUCCUUCGAGCUGCUCGUAAAUCAGAAAAUCUCAUUUGGCAAGACGGAGCAAGUUCAGUCGGUGCGCGAGGGACGCGAUGCAUUGGUCAAUUGCUUUGUGGAGGGAAUGCCCAAGCCGGAAGUCUCCUGGCUCCUCAAUGGCGAAUACAUAAACACCGUGAACUCAUCGAAACACAGUCGCCUGUCGAAUGGACUUUACAUCAAGAAUGUGAGCCAGGCGGAUGCCGGGGAGUAUACAUGUCGGGCGUUGCGUAUAACACCGACUUUUUCGGAUGCCGAACAAAUAACGAUAUUGCUAAGGAUACAACAUAAACCCCACUGGUUCUACAAUGAGACAAUGCCGGUGCAGUUUGCCUAUGUGGGUGGGAUGGUCAACCUGAGUUGUGACGAUGGGGAGCCACCACCAUCGUUCACCUGGCUGCACAACGGCAAGGGCAUCGUGGGCUUCAAUCAUCGCAUCUUCGUGGCCGACUAUGGGGCCACGUUGCAGCUGGAGCUGAAGAAUGCCACCCAGUUUGGGGACUACAAAUGCAAGGUGGCCAAUCCUUUGGGGAUGUUGGAGCGAGUGAUUCGAUUGCGACCGGGUCCCAAGCCAAAUGGACCAACGCGCUUUAAAGUCAAGAGAGUCUAUAACAAUGGCUUUGAGCUGGAUCUAAGGACACCGCGAAUGGAUAAUGUCUCCGAACAGAUGCAGAUCUAUGGCUAUCGGGUGGCCUAUAUGAGCGAAAGCGAGUUCAAGUUCACGGCCAGCAAUUGGAGUCAUGCCAAGCAGAGGGACUUUUCCUUCCAUCAAGGCCAGCACUUUAUCAUCACAAAUCUCAAGGCAAAUACCACGUAUCGUAUGAGGGCAGCCAGUCGAAAUCUGGCAGGAUUGAGUGAUUGGAGUCCAGUGAUGACCUUUGUCACGGCCGCAGGAUGUAGCUGGAAUCCAUCGCUUCUAUAUUUCCUACUCACCCUAAUCCUUGCCACAUUCUGGUCAUAGAGCCUGUCCCUUAUUAUGAUUAUAACAAAAACCCUUAACCCCUAGCUCGUUAUUGUUGCUACUGAGUUUUUUCCUAUUUUUUCGUAUAUCUUCUGUGAUAGAACUUUGUGUGUGCAAUUCACUUGAAUAACUUAAAUCCCCAGAUGGAAUUAUUAAGCGAAUGCUUUUUGCUAUAUAUUAUAUAUAGAGAAAAUAUAUUAGUUACAGCCUAUUGCCAAUUUUUGCUGCCAACUUUCAUUCAUCAACCGCAUUUUUUGUACGUUUUUUAAGAAAACCAAAACCAGAAAUUACAUAAAAGACACGAUUUUGAGAAGGUGAGAGAGGGGGUGGAAUCCUUACGAUACAUACAAUACAUAUGCAUUGUCAAACUCUACCUUAUAGUUAAAUAUGAAAUGCCCAACUCUACAUAAAUGUUGUUCAAGCUAAAAACGAAAAUAAAAAAGUAAAAAACGAUAUACAAGUAAACCCCCAAGAAACAAAGAAAAAAACUUUGAUGAAUUUUACAAACCACAAAACGAAAAAGUCCAAAUUAUUGAUUAUAAAUUAAAUUAAAAGGAAAGCAAAGCGAAUCAAUAAUAGAAAAUGGAUUGAAUUAGCUUAAUUGAAGUGGAAAACCCUCCCAAAAACCAAAAGAAAAAUGAAACGAGAAAAGAAUAGAGAGAAAUGUGAAGUGAAUUCCCAAAUAAAAUGAAAUGUUUAGCUGGUAAG